GGAGGCGAGGAGCGGGCGGGCGCUGCAGCUGGAGCUGGACGCGAGGAGCGGGCAGCGGGCGCUCGAGCGGCGGCAGCAGUUAAAAUUCAAAUCGCUCCAACGUUCGUCCGCCUGCCGCCCGUGAGCCGCGGGGAACCGGGAGCUCGCUCGCUCGCUUGUUUUUACGCGCUCGUCUUCUUUUUUGAUCUUUUUUUCUUGACGGGAUCGUGUGGAUUUAAACACAACACAACACAGCACAACACAAGUACCAAAAGCGGGGCAGCAGGAUCUUGACACUUGGUGUUUGGGUCUGUGUGUGUGUGUGUGUGCAGCGCUCGGGGGGAGGCGGUGUUGUUGUGGAUAAGCCCGCCCUCCCUCCCCUCACGCCUCCUGCCUGCCUCUGCCUCUGCCUCUGCCUGCCGGCCGGCCGGCCUCGGUGUCUUUGUGUGCAGGGGGGCCGGUGUGUGAUGGAGGACCAGUCCCGGCUGCUGCAGCCUCACCCCGGGGUGGCUCUGUCGGUGCACUCGCUGCCCCCUCACUCGCAGGUGGACGGCAGUGACCCCGAGGGACGGAAGCAGGACAUCGGCGACAUCCUGCAGCAGAUCAUGACCAUCACUGACCAGAGCCUGGACGAGGCGCAGGCCAGGAAACAUGCGUUAAACUGUCACAGGAUGAAACCAGCUCUCUUCAGCGUUUUGUGCGAAAUUAAAGAAAAAACAGUGCUGAGUAUUCGCGGUGUCCAAGAAGAGGAGCCUCCAGAUCCGCAGUUGAUGAGACUGGACAACAUGUUGCUGGCAGAAGGAGUGUCCGGCCCUGAGAAGGGCGGAGGGUCGGCUGCAGCGGCGGCUGCGGCGGCAGCAUCCGGCGGAUCACCGAAUGACAAUUCCAUCGAGCACUCUGACUACAGAGCCAAACUCGCACAAAUACGACAGAUUUACCACUCGGAGCUGGAGAAGUAUGAGCAGGCCUGUAGUGAAUUCACCACACACGUUAUGAACUUGCUUCGUGAACAGAGUCGGACCAGGCCGAUUUCACCAAAGGAGAUUGAGCGUAUGGUUUCUAUUAUCCACCGCAAAUUCAGUUCCAUUCAGAUGCAGCUGAAGCAGAGUACAUGUGAAGCAGUGAUGAUCCUGCGAUCUCGAUUCCUUGAUGCAAGGCGAAAACGACGUAACUUCAGCAAACAGGCUACGGAAGUCUUGAACGAGUAUUUCUACUCUCACCUGAGUAACCCCUAUCCUAGUGAGGAAGCCAAAGAGGAACUGGCAAAGAAAUGUGGUAUCACAGUGUCACAGGUACAGCCUACUCUCCCAGCUUCAGCCUGGGACUCGUCUGCAGUCCACAUCCACAGAUAUCACUACACAUUUCCCUCAAGCCAGCUUGGAGAAACAAGCAAAACAACAAAUGUGUCGAAUUGGUUUGGUAAUAAACGGAUAAGGUAUAAGAAGAAUAUUGGAAAAUUCCAGGAGGAGGCCAAUCUUUAUGCAGCCAAAACCGCUGCAGAUGCCACAACUGUGGUAGCUCAGCAAGGGAGUCAAGCAAAUUCUCCUUCCACGCCCAAUUCAGGCAGUAACAGAAAGGCAAACUACAAUGGACGUUGCAAAUCUGAAACACAAACAGAAAAUACUUCAGGUUCUUCUGGUUCUUUUAACAUGCCAAACUCUGGAGACUUAUUCAUGAACAUGCAGUCACUGAAUGGGGAUUCUUACCAGGGUUCUCAAGUUGGAGCUAACGUACAGUCACAGGUGGAUUCCCUGCGUCAUGUUAUACACCAGACAGGCGGAUACAGUGAUGAUAUGACAGGAAGCCAGAUGUACACCCCAAGGCGUAUAGACGUUAAUGGCAGCUGGCAGGAUGCUACUACCCCAUCUUCUGUGACUUCUCCCACUGGAGGACCUGGUAGUGUCAACUCCGACACCUCCAACUGAUGAGUAGUCAGUGGUCAUCUACUCCCAUUGGUUUUCAAUUCACUAGGCCUGUUGGAUGAGAAGAACGUGAUUCCAACCUGAUUUCAUUAGAAGGAUCUUGGGAUACUUACCUGGGUAGAAGCUCCCUGCCACCUAUAUGUAAAUAUAGUAUGACAAGAAAAGGUAUUUAUACAUUUUUCACACAAUUGAGUGCAGCCCAAUUACCUCACUGUAAAACCCUUUUGAAACCAAUCGAGGAAUGCUUCCUGUCUAGGUUACAGUGCUUACACACUACCUCUCAGCAAUACACACUAGACCUUCUCAUACUUUAGUCACUAUGUUACAUUUGUGAGUUUUAACCUAUCUGUCCCUUCAAUCUGUGUUGCAAUGUUCGUUUUAACUCAGCCUCACCAGUCAGCUGUGUUAGGAAAAGGUUAUUUUAACAAUCUGAUGCAUGAAAGUAAAGCCCAACUUAUUCCUGCUUUUCAAAGUUCCCGCUCUUACUGAGCAGUGUUUAGCUGUGUUUUUUUAUAGGUUGAAGUGACUGCAGAAACAGACAUUGAACCCUACACUGACCAUGCGAUUGUGUUAGGGCAUGCUGGUCGAAUAAACUAAUUCAGACUGAUGUGUUAGUCUUAGUGUCGGACUAGAAAUUAGUACUAGUUUUAAGAGAUCAGCUCAGAAUCUGGCUAGAAAACACGAUAUUUCUCAGGGCUGACCUUGGAUCAUUUCAUCUUCAAGCUUGGCUACAGUGGGAUGAAGGAUGUUUCACCAGUAGCACCAAUGUAUUUGAAACAGGUGUUUCAAUAACAUGUACAGACACUGUCUCAGCAAAAUGGACUGCUAUAGUAUAAAUAUAAAUCAUUGUGCAAAAUAAUUUAAGGAACGACCUCAGUUGCUGUGUGGAAGGUCUCUGUUGGUGACUGGGCUGACUUAAACUAGUCUGCACUUGCCUGUGUGAUAGUGUUGAUGCAGUGAGGUAACAUUGUACCUGCUGACAGCUGUUGCUGUUCUGCACAGUGUGAAUGUUAACAAUGGCCAAAGCCCUUUAAUUCAUGUUUUCUUAAAACUGAGAAUAACAAUGAAAAAUAAAAGAAUGGAUUUUGUUACUUA